GUGAAAACACCCUAAAAGAGCCGUGAGCUUUUCCUUUCAUUAAACACUACUUUCAUCUCUCUGCUGCAGCACAUCUCCUCUGAGAGUAUUUUCUGUCAUUGUCAUGGGAGGUAACUCUUCUGCACCAUCUCCUCCUCCAGCUCCACCACCUUCUCCACUUUUAAGAACUGCAUGGAGAGAAAUAACUUGGGGAGGCAAUAGAGUUUCUCUUCAGUACUUGAAGAAUUUUCAGCCUCACAAUGGGGAGGCAGCAAUCAGAGUCCUGCUGUACGGUCCAGUCGGUGUGGGGAAGUCCAGCUUCAUCAACUCCGUCAACAACGUCCUGCAAGGCAGAAUGACCAGUGAGGCUCUGGCCAGUGCUACAACCUCUGAUCAAAGUUUCACCAAGAUUUACAAAACCCAUAAAAUCAGGAAAGACAGGGGAAACUUUUAUCCCUUUGUGUUCAAUGACAUCAUGGGUCUGGAAGACGGAGAUGGAAGAGGAGUCAGAGCAGAAGACAUCAAACUGGCCUUGAAGGGUCAUGUGAAGGAUGGAUAUAAGUUCAAUCCUGUAUGUUCCCUGUGUGAUGGUGAUUUUGGCUACAACUCUUCCCCGUCCAUCAGUGACAGAGUUCAUGUUCUGGUCUGCAUUUAUUCUGCUAAUGCACCACAAAUGAAUUCCUCAGUUUUACAGAAAAUGAAGGAAAUCAGAGAAGCAGCCAGUGAGCUGGAAAUCCCUCAGCUGGCGAUUCUCACUCACGUUGAUGCAGCCUGUGGGGAAACGGAGGAAAAUCUGAAAAACGUCUACAAGAGCAAACAUUUAAAGAAAAAGAUGGGAGACUUCAGCUCCAGCCUGGGGAUCCCAAUGAACUGCAUCUUCCCAGUGAAGAACUACAGUCAUGAAACUCAACUGAAUUCAGACGUCGACACUCUGAUCCUGAAUGCUCUGAGGCUGAUGAUUGACUUCGGAGACGACUAUGCCGACAAACUGUGAAGCCACAGAACACUUUGUGGGGAUAUGCAUGAAAAUCACAGCAGUAAUAUUAUUUAUAUCAUUACAUACAGUAGUUGUUGAGGAGAGCUUAGUGGUUGAGCAGGAACCGAGUAUGAAGUUUUCUGACUUUUGACACAUACAUUAUGUUUCCUGCUUUUCUCUCUCAGCCCUUUUCUGAUAAAAUAAGCCUUUCCAUGAAAUAAGGAAUAAUUAAACGGACAAUGUGCUUUUACAAUUGUAACGGUAGAUUUGCUAAAAAAUAAACACUUCUCUGAGUUGCACUCUUCACCAAUAUUCCGUUUUAUCCAUUUGUUUACUGGUCUUGUAUAUUGAUAGAAAGGGCAACACAUUUACACUAAUGUUAUUCAGUUUGUUAAAUGAACAAACUUUUUGUUACAUUAUGUUCUUUUGUAUUUUCUUUUUUUUUUAAAACGUCAGUACUCAUUGGAAAACAAGUGCCUGUAGUCACUCAUAACAUUUUUUUUUAGAACUAUGAAUUGUUUGAUUGAUGUCAAAUGCAUUUCCAUUCUGUGUGUCACUUUCCAGCUUGAUAAAAGUCACCACCAAAGUAUUCAAAGUGGUUUUAGGUCAACAUUUCUAUGUUUUUAUUGUUGGCUCAUUCGUCAUAGAACAUUUGGAAAACAAUCUAUAAAUGUGUGUGAUGUUCAUAAGACAAUGUUACAGUUUGAAUCAUGUUAAAUACUCAUAUUUUGUAUUGGUCAAUAAAACGUAGAGUAAUAAAAACUGCAUGAUUCUA